CUCUCCUCGCGCUAGGAUCAGCUACACCAGAACAGUUCAGGUUGUAGCAGCAGUGCCCGAAAUACGCCAAACCACGGCGUUAUUGCCAUAUUCUGGAAAAUCAGUCCUUUUUUCUCGGGGGAAAAAAAAAAUUACUCGGAACGGAUUCCAUGUCCGUUGAAACAUCUUCAGCACUCAGCAAAAAUAAUCUGUUAAUCCCCAGACUCCCAAAUUGAGGAAACAGACCGGGACCGUUGGGACGUCUAGGACAUAUUGUGGUUACUACUGCGCAAAAAAAGUACAGAGAAUCUUAUUAUACAUACUUGUAUUGUGGAGAAAACGGAUCGGAUGCAUUAAACGCCGCGUUAUUCAGGGCACAGGGUUGAACAGCCGCACUGGAUUCAACGCUUGGGAUGCGAGAUCCCUGAACUUAUCUGCUUCUUAUCCGCCUCUCGAGCGGACUUUUUAUCUGCAGAAUCAGAUAGUCGAUGAGCAUCUUAUUCGUGCUUUGGAUUUGAUCUCGAUUGCUGGCUGCUCUAAACUCUUCUGCAGACGUUGUGCUGAAUGCAGUUUUAGUAACAGCUGACUUUCUGUCGUGUAGUGAAGGGUGGACAGAAGUGGAUUGUGUUGAAGUUGCAUGAAUCACCGGAUCGCUGUUUGCAGAUCGCGAUAUCAGAUCGGAUAUUUGGCACGAGGCGUGAAGCGUGAUGACGAUGUUGGUGACUUUUUGGAUAGUCCUGCUGGUCGCGUUAAACGCUCCAGCGGGUAAAGGGCAGUCAGUGCAGACGGACCCCAUUAAGUCCGGAUUUGUGGGUGACACGGUCGAACUGCGAUGUGUUUUCAUCAACGGUAAGCCACCAGUGAAGAUCUCUCAGGUCACCUGGCAAAAGCUGAUAAAUGGCACCAAACAAAACGUCGCCACCGCUAACCCAGACUUGGGAGUAUCAGUGCUGGCCCCUUUCAAAGACCGUGUGAGCUUCAAGCAUCCUGCUGUGCGCCAGAGGUCCCCUUCUACUCUUGAGGACACCACCAUUGUCUUCAGCAACCUACGGCUCUCUGAUGAGGCAGCCUACAUCUGCGAGUACACCACCUUCCCAGCAGGCAACAGGGAGAAUAUGGUCAACCUCACCGUCUUUGCACGGCCAGUGACCCAGAUGACCUUGACUUCAUCAACCAUCGUGGCAAGGACGCCGAAGCGCAAGAUACCUGUUGCCAGCUGCAUGUCGGCUAACGGCAAACCUCCCAGCGUCAUCAAAUGGGACACCACUCUGAAGGGUGAAGCCACGUUUCAGGAAACGCGCAAUCCAAAUGGCACCGUGACCGUGCGCAGCAACUACAUGGUGUUGCCCAGCCGCGAGACUCACCGUCAAAAGCUGACCUGCAUCGUCACCUACCAUACAGACCGCUUUAUUGACAGCGUCAUACUCAAUGUUCAGUAUGAGCCAGAGGUAAAAAUCGAGGGAUUUGAUGGGAACUGGUUCCUGAAUCGCAAAGACGUAAAGCUGACAUGCAAUGCAGACGCCAACCCAGCCGUCACCGUCUACCAGUGGAAACUGUUGAAUGGAUCCCUUCCCAACAACAUUGAAAUCAAGAACAACACCCUGUUCUUCAAAGGCCCGGUGACCUAUGAGUUUGGCGGUACAUACGUCUGUGAUGCAACCAAUAGCAUUGGCACACGCUCUGGACUUGUAGAGGUCAACGUGACGGAAAAGCCGAUGCCACAGGGACCUCCUGGCGGUAUUCUUGGUAUCUUGGGAGUUGUGGUGGUGGCCGGUCUGAUUGUAGGAGUAGUGGCCACAAUAUGUAUGGUGUACAGGAGAGGACAGAAGCCCCGUACAGAAACAGAUAACGACCUGGCUGACCUCCCCCCUGCUCAUAAGCCGGCCCCUCCGCCACCCAAGAAAAAGAGCAGCGACAUGAAAAGCGGCCUGACGUCUGACGAGAUCCAGGUUGUUCAUCUGGACAGGGAGGAUGAGAUACAGAAGAUUCCUCUCCAGCCUCCAUAUUAUGACAUGGCACUGUCUGAGUCCACCGCGUUUACCGAUAAGCCGAACUCUGGGAACGAAGAGCUACCGAACCCUGCUGACUAUGUGAGCUGCCAUCACCCGGGCAACAAGCAACAAUUUGUUGACCCUCCACCUCCUUCUGCCUAUACACCUGUUACCUUCCUGCCCCAGAUCCCUUACAACCAGCACCCUACUAAUACUCCCAUGUACACCUUCCAGCCCAAUGCUGCCCCUCCCGGCCCUCGACCCCCAUUUAACUACCCAAAAGAGCAGUCUGUCUAGACCCACGACUGUCUGAGUUGGAAGACACCCCGUUGCCCCAUACAGGAUAGCCAUUAUGCAUCACACCAGGAGAGAACAACACUUCCUUCCUCAUUACUGUAGUCCUGUACUGGCCACAUCAGGAUGCGGGCGGUCUCUCGGAGCAAUGAAAAAAGUGUCAGUAGUUUGUGGACCUGAAUCCUUGUGUGUGUCGUUCACUGCAUGUUUCACUAUGAGGCUGUGGUUAGGACCCCUAGUCUUUUGCUGUAAAUAUAGAAACACCACACCACAACUGUACACCCUCCCUCCCCUCACAACAGCACUCCUCACUUUUCCUGAGCACAGGGUAUCAGCCUUCGCUCUGCCUAAACUUGUCUUACAUCUCUCCCUCCAUUAUUUUAAUUCUGCCCAGUGUCUGACCAUUGACAGUGUUUCAAGAAAUGUUCACCCAAAAGGGAACAUUCUGUCAUUAUUUAUGCACUCUCAUGUCAUUUCAAAGCAUAUGUUGAUAUUUUCUUUUUCUAGAGCAUAAUGAUGAAUUUUUUAAUAACCUUCCCACAGCUCUUUUUUGAGAAACGGAUCAAAGUAAUUAAGUAUGUCAGGUUCCAAAAAGGACAACAAACUUGGUUUGUACCAUAAAUGUUGUAUGGACGAGUAUUAUGGUUCUUUUAUGCUGUUUUGACCUUUUUAGAUCUUGUAUGGAAAAAUAACCACAUGAACAAUAUUUCGAGGGCCUCAAACUUAUUAAAUACAUAUGGAUCAGGUUUAGGGUAAU